GUGCCAUCGAGUCGCUUCCUCGCAGUGAUCGUUGCGGGGCACGGCGCUUUGGGGAGUAAUGUAGGCCUCAUGGUCCGUACCGCAUUCCCCAGCGGCGGCUGUGCAAAUGAUCUUCGUGAUGAGACGGGCACAGAGCGACAGUGUACUAGCGGGGACGGUGACACUGUGGAAACAUCUGCUCGCCACUCGUGGAUGACCCAGGAAACGGCCCUGAGCCUUCCGUGGGAAGAAAGUGCAGUCUCGCGUGUCCGCCUCUUUUUCCCUUCACCGCAAGGAGAGAAUGGCUCGGGCAGGUUCGUGGACCUUCCUGCGAGCGAUCGGCCUUUGUUGACUAUUGCGCUGCAGCACAAGAUGCUCCAAAACUUUAAACGUCGGUUAGAGUUCACAACCAGGUUGAUUCCGGCCUCGUUUUCACAAGCAGGAGUCCGAAUGGAUUGGAGGGAAGGGUCGUCUCGUUCACAACUGGAGCAUCUUCUAACUCGUGUCGUCCGUAUUGGUGGUGCAUCUGUAGAAAAGGAGGAGAGCUGCCUCGGCAACGAUGGAAAGAAGCAGCACACGCAAAUGCCUCAUUCCACAGGAGAAGAGACAAAGACGGGUGGCUCAAAGAAAUCUGAACCUGAGGUUGUUGGCGUGAAAACUUCAACGAAUCAGCGUGCCUGUUUCGAAAAGCUACGGAAAUGGAUUAGGUAUUUACUACUGGCACUGAUGUGCUGAUGCCGUCAAAUAAAUUUACCUGAUUUAUUAUUAUUAAUUUCUUUCGAGUCAGCUUGUGGGCAGUUUUUCACUGUUUGUUUUUUCUACCGAACAGAUUGCACUUCACUCGUGGACGCUGCCGGGGUUAUUGCUGGCAAGACACGUGGUACAGAACCCCUGCAGAGCAAAGACCGUGGCAUGAUCUUGAGCGGGAUUUGCUGGACAGCGUGUAUUCCGUUGCUGACGGAGGACUCCUACCAUCCUCAGACUUAGAAAGGGAGGUCGAUUUUGGGGCAAUAUUGGAAGACAUAGCAAGAUUUAUAGAGCUAAGAUCGAGAAAGGCAUCACUCCAUCCAGCUGACAGAUUCAGCGACAAAGAGAACGCGCUGCUCACAGUUGAAUUGGAGGGUUCUGCACUGCCUCUGCUUAAAAUGUUGAUUAUGGAAGCUGCGGAUGGUCGUAGUCAGCUCACUAAAUGCAGGAAGGGCGAUAUGUAUUCCGUAAUUCAAGAGAUUCCCUGGGACUUUGGUUCUCCAGCAUGCGUUCAAGGGAAUAACGGACGAUCCGUGUUUGCAGAUUUAGCUACCUUCCACAAGCUCUCAGUGAUGAGCUACAUUGGCGAUUCUUUUCUUCCACGAGAAUGGAAGGGACACUGGGCACGAGGAUACCGUGGAAGAGCGUUUAGUUUUUCUCCUCUGCUGGAGGAAAUGCGGCAGCACCCUGCUAUUACUGAUCCUCGAUCUACCAUUGUCGAAAGAGAGACCAAAGAAACAUUUUCGUCCGUAAGCUCGGAUGCCACACCUGAGACACGUAGUUGCGUAUUGUUUUUACAUGAAGACUUCGCAAAAGUGAAAGCAUACAUCACAGGACAGCACCUCGCAACACAAGUUACUGACAAAAGCGGACUUGCGCCCCUGGAACUUGCCGUUGUAUACCGAAAUGCCGGAGUGAUCUCGUUGUUACUCGGAAAGCAGCACGAUACGCCGGUCGUUGCGCCACCACUACUUACUCCACGAGAUCUCGCAAAGAAAAUAUUUGAAGACUUGUUUGAUGCGAACACAGACAGGGAAAGCAGUGGCGCACAGUGCAGCAGCGAAUCCGGCUUAGCCGCGAUCGGCCUGAGCGCGGUUGAGAACGCAGCAACUGAUGUGUCAAAAGUGAUGGACCACGAUGUCUUUCAGUACUUGCAGAAGAUCACUGCGUAUCAGCUUGCGUGCCAUUUAGGAUGCGGCCACGUCCUACGGCCUUUUCUAAUCGCUUGCUAUGACACGAGCAAGUCAGAGAGCUAUAGAGGUAGAGCGUGCAUGAAGGAGCUUCGUAACUCGAAUGGGCUUGCCCUUUCAGGAUUCAGUAAGCAUCUCCUCUUGGGUCAGCGGGACCCAUUCGGGCGAUCGCCGUUGCACCUAGUAUGCUGCGCAGCUAUGGGUCGGUACUCUGGGCCUGGGGACGCAGCUGCGCACAUAUUGCUAAACGAGAUGUCACCUGCGGAAGUGAACGCAGUUGAUCAUCUCGGUCGCUCGGCGUUAAUGUAUGCGGGUCGAAACGCGCACUUUGCUUCUUUCUGCAAAAUUUUGGAGUGCUGCUGCCACAGCGUUGACGUGAACCGAAGAGAGCCUGCAACGGGCAACACAGCAUUUCUUUUGCUCAUGCACGAGGCAGAAACGCGUAUUUGGUCAGAAAGGGUUGACGCAAUAGACAGAAGGCUUCGACGAGUCGGUGACGGGAGCUACCCCCGCCGGCCCGACAAGGAUUUCAAACCAAGAUCUUACGACUAUUUUUUGACUGUGUACGACAAGUACAACGACUCAACACGCAGAGAGGCGUAUCUGAGGCCGCUCACAGAAGUGUGGGCGCUUCUGCAACAGCACGGUUGUGACGUUACAGCGCGAAAUAAUCAAGGCGAGGACUGCUUUGCCUUGGCGUUGAAAUACCGUGGUCGCACAUUCGCAAAGUGCUUACGCGAAGUGGUUAGGGGAGACACGCCAGCCAAGAUGGUGUUAUUGCCCAAAAAAAUCGACAGAGUAUCUAGACGCAAGCGUUUGGGUGGCUUUUUUCCGCCCAGGGGCCCUUCAAUGCUUCGCCUGCUUAAUCGCUUGAGAAAUCGAGGGGGGUCAAGAAUGAUAUCCAAAAAUGACGGGUCAGCUACCUCACUCGCACCCCAGUCCCCUGUUGCCUUGAAGAGCAGCAGCCGCACAUCAGUUUUAGUUCUCUUUGCGGCAGUUCUGGUCCUUGUUGUAGCUUUCGCGGUCGUCUCCCCAAACCCAUUUCGCUGGUUCAGUAGAGAGUAGCCACCACCUGAAUUGGGACCUGUGCAGGUGGGUGAGUCAUAAAUGCUCUUAUAUGGCAUAGCAUCUUCGAGGACACCUGACUCGGCGUGAAACACGAGUACUUCCUUAGACGACACGUCGAGGAGCACCGUGGUCCCGUCCGGUUCGAAGGGCCGUCUCUCUUUGCCUGUCCGGUUCCUUGUGGCUUCCCCUAUUCCCCUAGGGUGCUGGAGGAGCCGCGGAAGAUGAACAUCCUUAGUUCCAAAGAGCUCAAGCUGUUCCCGCCAGCCACCAGUCUAUGCCGGGUUGAGAGUGUUACCGAUGCAAAGUAUACUUUUUCGACUUCGUAUAUGCAGAGCAGCUUCACAGCAUCAUGUGCAAUGGAGCUGGCCCUCCUUGUCCUUCCCCAUAGAAGAGCAGCGCCCGUACCUGUUGUACGCUAAUGCCAAGUUCUUCCAUAGACUCAAACUCUUUCUUCUCUCAAUAU